AUGGGCGCGAGUGAGACUAAAGUCGCGAGCGGUGAGGACGGUGAUGCGAAUGUGAAGGAAGCGAAGCCGACGGGGACGCCGACGGUGGUUUUCGUGCUCGGCGGUCCGGGCGCGGGGAAGGGAACGCAGUGCGCGAACAUCGUUCGCGACUACGCCUUCGUGCACUUGUCCGCAGGAGACUUGCUCCGCGCGCACAUGAAAAGCGGGAGCAAAGAUGGAAAUAUGGUGGCAGAGAUGAUAAAACAAGGUCAGAUCGUGCCGAGCGAGGUGACGGUCAAUUUGCUCUUGGAAGCGAUGCGCGCUAGCGGAAAGGAUCGAUUUUUAAUCGAUGGGUUCCCGCGAAACAAGGAAAAUCGCGAUGCGUGGGAAACGACCGCGGGCUUCGAUUGCGAUUUUGUUCUAUUUUUCGACUGCCCAGAGGAAGUCAUGACAGAGCGUUUACUCGGCCGUAACGAGGGUCGAACGGACGACAACAUUGAUACCAUCAAGAAGCGUUUCAAGACGUUUCGCGAGAGUUCCAUGCCGGUGAUCAACUACUACGACAGCUUGAACAAGGUUUGCAGCGUCAACAGCGACCAAUCGCCCGAAGAUGUGUACGCGCAAACUAAAGAGUAUUUCUCGAAGUUCGCUUGA